AUGGAUGUUCUGCGACUAGAUAUUGUGCUAGAUAAGCAGACUAACCGUAAGGUUGUUAACCGACGUUUCCGACUCCUCCAGACGAUAGGUCAGGGUCAAUUCGGCAAGGUGAUACUUGCAGAAGACCUCAGCAAAGACCAUGGACUCGUGGCGAUCAAGACCAUUAAUAGAGUUGAUCGAGCCAAAUUGAUAACAAAGACUUAUUUGAAUACAGAUAAUGAAAGAGUGUUAUCACCCAAUGUGGUGAAGCUAUAUCAAGUUAUAGACGACCUCAAGUUCGAUAAGAUCUUGCUAAUUGACUGGAAGAAGUAUAAUCACUUCCAUGAGAAAUACUUAAAAGAUGGGAGCAAAGGCAUCACGCUAAAUAAGAUCGUUAGAGACGUUGCCAAUGGACUCGAAUACCUACACAGCUACAAAAGAAUCAUUCAUAGAGACCUCAAGCCCUCCAAUCUACUCAUAAGUCUGGACCGGACAAUCAAAAUAUCAGACUUUGGGGUGAGUUUGAUUCUCGAGAACAACACUAAUGAUGACAAGGAGCUAGGGAAGACGAUGGGAACGCCAGCAUUCUAUGCCCCUGAGCUCUGCCAAUUCGUGAACAACAGACUACUGAUGCUCAAUGAAGCUGACAUGGCACGCUCAAAAGUUGAUGCAAGGAUCGACAUUUGGUCCUUUGGUGUCGUCAUCUACUGUCUCUUCUUUCACCAACUACCGUUUGAAGGGCACAACGAGUUUAGCUUGUUCAAGACUAUCGUGAACGGUGAACUCAAGUUUCCACGAACCCGGGAGAGCUCUCAUGUGAGGAUGGAAGAUUUGAAAGAGCUAGAGCUUCUAAAGGACCUCAUCAAGAGACUUCUCGCCAAGGACCCAAACUCACGUCCCACGCUUACAGAGAUCAAGCAGCAUAAGUUCACAACCUUUGAAUUAACCAGAAAAGAGGCCGAAACCUUUUUCAAUUUCAACAAGAAUAUCAUUUCGCAACAGGACCCAUUGGCUGCCGAGGCCUGGGAUGCUGAGAACCGCAUGUCCAACAAAAUCAAAAGGUUCUUUGGAGCAGGAAGACCUGAAACUGAGAUUCCUCCAUCGUCGAGACCAAUUCUGGUGGAUCAGCCAGUACUGCCCGUUAAAGAUAUCAAUGUUCUUGAUCUAGAAAAGGUCGAUGAUCUAUUAGACUCAUACCUUGAUGACUCGAGCUCAAUGGGAUCGCUUUCUGAAGAAGAGGGUGGUGCUUCAGUCAUUGACACCACAAACGUUUUAUCAUCGAUCAAGUUGGACAGAGAAAAACUACCGCAUACUACUUUGAAGAAAUCGGAUUCGGCACAGCUGAGGCUCUCAAGAAGCUCAGUGCCACCACCUUUGAAGCUUUCGUCAUCAUCGCUCUCAGUGCACAAAGGUGCAUCGACUCUGUCGUUCCCACAACCUUCAGCAUCGCCGUUUAGCUCCGGUCAGAGAACACCUAGCACUGCCGCAAGUAAUACUGUCACCAUUGGGGAAGGAUCACCAUCGUCGAUCAAGUCGAUCUUCAGCCCCACCGACGAUCAAUUCACUUUAUUCGCCUACCCAUGGGGAAGGAAAUACGGCAACCUCAUUUUCAGAUUUGGCACCCCGCCAUUCUUUGGCCGUUCGGAUAGGAGGGGAUCGACACUGGAGCUGAUCAGCAGCGUUCAAAGCACUGGAGGCUUUGGCUCGAGGAAGAAUUCCAUAAGCUCUACGCGAUCUAACGGAUUAUCGAAGAUCACCAGUUCCAGCUCCCUGUUGAAUCUUCACGGCUAUCUUACAGAUGAAAGCUCCACCUCUUUCAGCGGAAAGUGGCAGAAGGCCGUGGCUCGGGAAUUAGGAAGCGAGGAUGAGGAAGACAAACACGCACAUUCCCUGAGCGAUAGCGACGAAGUUGGCGACGAGACUCUAACAAUGCUGCCAAACAAGCUGGGAACAAUGGAUCAGAAUAUGGUUGAAGAGCACGACGCAGCCUCGCCUUUAGGCGCCCGCUCCCGCAAGCCCUUUGGCAAGUUGACCAAUAUCAUGAGCACAUUGGAGUCUGGUAAGAACAAGCUCCAGCACAGUACCAAGGCCUUCUCAAGAUCCAUGUCUCAAAUAUCCCGCUUCUCCGACUUGAGUGUCUUUGACGGCCCCAGCUCGGGCAUGCGAGACCUCGCCGAUGGUGAAACAACAGACGAAGACACCAGCAACGACACCACCUUGAACGACGACGACUUCCUCUGCUCUCCGCUGAACAAGCCUCAGCGCAGAGCACCACGCUGCAAAUCGUCCCAGGCAUCACUAUCGCAAAACCUUCUGAUCAGGAGGACUCAAUCGUGCAUUCAAGAUCCCAAUGUCACCGACAUGUUCGACGGAAGCGAGUGGCUCCCACAGACGAACCUCAGAACAUUCCGAGUAUCCAGCGACUUAUUGCCUCGGAUCGACGAAAAUGAGAUGCAAAAGAUUGUCCUGGGUCAUUACCGCAAUGAGUUCGACGACUACGUUGUUGUCGACUGCCGGUUCCCCUACGAGUUUGACGGAGGCCAUAUCGUCAAUGCCAUCAACAUAUCGUCCAAGACUGAUUUGGAGAUGCGCUUUAUCAACAACCGUCUGCUGGAAAACCGCAAGAGGCUCUUGAUCUUCCACUGUGAAUACUCCAUUUUGCGUGGCCCUACAAUGGCCGGCCAUCUUCGGAAGGCUGACCGCAUUCACAAUUCCGAGAAUUAUCCCAAGCUACUAUACCCCGACAUCGUUGUCCUCGAGGGAGGCUACAAGAAAUUCUUCGACAACCACAAAGAAUGGUGCGUUCCUCAGGCAUACGUCGAAAUGAAAGACAUCAAACAUAAGCGUACCUGCGAAGUGGAGAUGAACAAAGUCAUGCAAGCAUCCAAGCUCACCAGAGCUCGUUCAUUCAACCAUUUUCAACUGCAUUCCACGAGCCACUCUCGUUCUUCAUCCUUCACGGCACUCCUUACAUCGUCCGAACAGGCCACUUCUCCGGGCCUCACAACUUCCAUAAGCACCGGACAAGUACCCAGGCGUAAAACAGCUGCAAAGGUCCACAAGAGGCAAGACCGCAAGGAGCUUAGGCUUCAUCUUUCUCAGCCUCUGAUCAAUUGGCCCUCUCAGCUGUCAGAGUCGUCCUUGACUUCAGAACUCACUCCAGGGAUAUCCUCCUGUUUCGACGACGAUGCAUUUGCUCCACCUUCUGCCUUGUUUAGGGAACAUAGCAAGAGCCUGUCAUUACUGCUGGCCUCCAUACAUUCUUCAGCGCUGCUGGUCUGUUCUGAAACCUAUUCUUCCGCAUAUACUUCCACCGAUUCAUUGGCCUCAUCUCCGUCUGCUGACUCUCCAGAAUAUUUUGAGACUGCCACCUCGAACUCGAAUCAAUCAUUAGCUCACAUGUUCUCCCUCCAGAAUUCCCCAUACCUGUUCCCAGGACCAGGCUCUACAAAGUCAAAGAGACCCUCGUUACAAAGACCCGUCUACCGCACACCAAGACCAUAUGUCAAUAUGUCUUCGCCAACGACGAGUUCCCCACUUACAACUACCGCUGGUGGCUUCCAAUCAGAUCCCAUCAACGAAACACCACUUCCGUUCUCACUCAAGCAGCAUGCUCACCACAGCUCGGAGAUCUACGAGGAGGAUGAGGAGUCUGAAUGA